AUGGCCUUCAAGAUACCGGGCGACUUCAAGUUCCCGGAGCAAGCCACGUUCGACGGGUCGGGCGACCCGCGAGAACACCUACUGAGCUACCAAGCUAAGAUGCAAGUUUUAGGGGUACGGGACCCGGUCAUGUGCCGCGCCUUCUUACCCAUGCUAAAGGGGCCCGCGCAGAGGUGGCUCGUGGCGCAACCCCCAGGGACGAUUCACAGUUUCGAGGAGCUGGCAGAUCGCUUCAUGAGCCACUACGCCGCCAACAUCAAGCCACAGAAGGACCUGACGCACUUAGGCGACAUCCACCAGGACGAGGGUGAGUCCUUAAAAACCUAUUUAGCCCGCUGGCAAAAGGAGAUCCAGUCGAUAGAGGAAGUGGAGGACCAAACGGCACUCACUUUCUUCAUCGAGUCUUUGCGGUCCGGCCAGCUGUACCGAGACCUAAGGGACAAUCGCCCUGCAACGUACGCGGAAGCUAUCCAGAUGGCCAAAAAGAGAGCCAACACGGAGCAGGCCAUGAAGCAUAAACGACAACGCGAGGUCGGCGGGUCCGCCAGCGGGAAAAGGACGCGGGCCGAGACGAACGAAAGGCGUUUGGAUGUGGCCCGGCGACCCGAAGUUAGGCGACCGUAUGACCGCCCCGUCGUCCACGCCUAUCGACCGGUUCCGGAGCGGCCGGUCCACGAAAUACAAGCAGUCGCCCCACCUCCGCCUCCACCGAUCGACGACCGUGUAACAAGUGGGGAGACUGGUAAGACUUCUAAGUACUGUCGUUAUCAUAAAUCUUAUACUCACAGCACGGAAGAAUGCUUCUAUCUAAAGAAGAUCAUGGAGGGGAUAAUCCAGCAAGGGACCCCGCCCCCUAAUCAAUGGAGGCGAAGGUCGGCCAGUCGAGGAGAUGAGGGACUUGCCGCCGACGCAGAGAACAGCCGAGGUAAGCAGCCGGCUUCCGAAGAGGACGAAGCCCAAUGGCGCCAGAAGCCGGUUAUCAACAUGAUAGUCGGCGGACCAGAGGGCGGCGACUCGGCAAACACCCGAAAAGCCUGGGCUCGGCAAUGUAUGUCGGGACGGUUUACGGCCGCGAAGAGAGCUCCAAAAAGGUAUGCCGAGAACCCAUCGUGUUCACCGAUAGGGACCUGCCAGCCGGAGAAACCCCGCAUCGAGAUGCGUUGGUCAUCGCUAUGGACAUCAAUGGUGUAG